UAUAGUUUUUUUUUUUACAAGAACUAGUGGGAUUACUUGAACAAUGCUUUAAAUUCGAUUCGUCUGUUCCUCCAUAAUUCCCAGAAACAAUGGAGAUGAGGGUGCUUGUGGUGGUUGUAACAGUUCUCUCACUUUCUGCUACGUCGUCGUCCGCAAUUGCGACUUCAUCAUCUUCGUAUCUCCGCCUCCGAUCGCCUAAUGACACCUUGUGCGCUCAACUCAUCCUGCCUGCAGGUUAUCCAUGUACCGAACACAAGAUUCAAACAAAGGAUGGCUACUUAUUGGGCUUGCAACGGGUGUCAUCUCAAGUCAAGAAUCUAAGAAUUCAGCGCGGUCCUCCAGUACUACUUCUACAUGGUUUUUUUAUGUCUUGUAUGGUUCUGUACCUUUUUAACAUGCAACAGGCAGGUGAUGCAUGGUUUUUGGAUUCUCCACAACAAUCAUUAGGCUUCAUCCUUGCAGAUCAGGGUUUUGAUGUAUGGGUUGGAAAUGUUCGUGGAACAUUUUGGAGUCAUGGGCAUAUAUCUUUGUCAGAGAAAGACAAGGCCUUCUGGGAUUGGAGUUGGGAGGACAUGGCUAUGUAUGACCUUGCAGAAAUGGUACAUUGCAUAAAUUCAGUUACGGACACCAAAGUCUUUGUUGUUGGACACUCGCAGGGGACAAUCAUGUCUUUGGCUGCUCUCACUCAGCCAAAUGUAGCAGCAAUGGUCAAAGCUGCUGCUCUUCUUGCUCCAAUAUCAUACUUGGAUCACAUAACGGCAACUCUGGUUCUUAGAAUGGUCAGCGUGCAUCUUGAUCAGAUGAUUCUUGCUAUGGGCAUACAUCAACUUAACUUUAGAAGUGAUAUCUUACUUAACUUGUUGGAUUCCCUGUGUGAUAGCGGUGUAGACUGUGUUGAUUGGCUUACUUCCAUUACAGGGAAGAAUUGUUGCUUUAACGACUCACGUGUGGACUUCUACUUCAAUUAUGAACCUCACCCAUCAUCUGCCAAAAACUUGCGCCAUUAUUUCCAAAUGAUACGCAAGGGCACGUUUUCACAGUAUGAUUAUGGAGUAUUUGAAAACCUGAAGAUUUAUGGUCAGUUGAAACCUCCAGCAUUUGAACUUAGUCAGAUACCCAAGUCGUUGCCAUUGUGGAUGGCUUAUGGUGGCAAGGAUGCUUUGGCAGAUGUUACAGAUUUGCAGCAUACUCUAGCCAACUUGGAGUCCAAACCAGAGUUGCUUUAUCUUGAGAACUAUGGUCACUUAGACUUUCUUUUGAGCACUAAAGCUAAUGAAGAUAUAUUCAGUAAUAUGAUUGGGUUUUUCAGGUCAUUUGGAAAGUCUGAUACUUUGUAAAUUUACUGCUUCUUGUAUAUAUGAUACUCGAGGCCACGGAAUAAUAUGGCUUGCUUGUUAUAUGUUUUCAUAUAUUGUAAUAUGUGAAGUUCAUUUUUUUUUUUAUUCCCCUUGCAAAGGUGAUGAACGUGAAGGAUAGGCAGGAGGAGAUACAGUAUUACGAUCAAA